CGCACCUUGUGCUUUACUUAGUAGCAAAUAUGGCGGCCCAGGUAGCAGACGGAGUCGCCGACUUGAAGUUGGACGACACGAAGAGCAAACCUACCAACGGCACCACACAAAACGGCGAUGCAGAGCACGAAGACUCAGACGACGAUAACGAGGGCGAGGAAGGCGCAGCAGAAGGCGGUGAGGGUGCAGCAAAGAAAAAGAAGAAGAGAAAGCCCAGAAAGAAGAAGAAGGCCGGCGCAGCUGGCGCAUCAGGGCCAAAGACACAGACAAAACCACCGCGCGUGCCCGUCCACGAGAUCUUCUUGAACGACUCCUAUCCCGAAGGCGAGAUCCACGAAUACCUCAACGAGAACUCGUACCGAACCACGAGCGAAGAGAAGCGCCAUCUCGACCGCAUGAACAAUGACUUCCUCACCGACUACCGCCGCGGCGCAGAGAUCCACCGCACAGUACGACAAUGGGCGCGGGACUGGAUCAAGCCCGGCAUGUCACUCACCGAGAUUGCCGAGGGCAUCGAAGACUCUGUACGCGCGUUGACGGGCCACCAGGGUCUGGAAGACGGCGACGCUCAAAUAGCAGGCAUGGGUUUCCCCACCGGUCUCAGCAUCAACCACUGUGCAGCACACUACACGCCAAACGCUGGCAACAAAAUGGUCGUCAACUACGAGGACGUUAUGAAGGUCGAUUUCGGCGUCCACAUCAACGGCCGUAUCGUCGACUCCGCAUUCACCCUCACCUUCGACCCCGUUUACGACAACCUCGUCGAGGCCUGCAAGGCCGCUACAAACGCCGGUAUCAAGGAGGCUGGUAUUGAUGUCCGGAUGUCGGACAUUGGCGCGGCGAUUCAGGAGGUCAUGGAGAGCUACGAGGUCGAAAUCAAGGGCGAGACCUUCCCCGUCAAGUGCAUUCGCAACUUGAACGGCCACAGCAUCGGACACUAUACUAUCCACGGCGGCAAGACGGUGCCGAUCGUCAAGGGCGGCGACCAGACGAAGAUGGAGGAGGGCGAGACGUUCGCCAUCGAGACUUUUGGAAGUACUGGAAAGGGAUACGUGAGAGACGAUAUGGAAACGUCUCACUACGCAAAACGCAGCGACGCACCCAAAGUCGCUCUCCGUGUAUCCUCCGCGAAGACCCUGCUCAACAGCAUCACAAAGAACUUCGGCACACUACCCUUCUGCCGGCGGUACCUCGACCGUCUCGGCCAUGACAAAUACCUGCUCGGCUUGAACAACCUGGUCUCAGCGGGUAUUGUGGAAGCCUACCCGCCGCUGUGCGAUAUCAAGGGCAGUUACACUGCGCAGAGCGAACAUGUGAGUUUCUUCCCCUCUGUGUAAGGGAGGAUUGGGGCUAAUAAGUGACAGACGUUUAUCCUGAGACCGACGUGCAAGGAGAUUGUAAGUAAAGGUGAUGACUACUAGGGUGUGAAAAAUGUGGAAGAGGAAGGGAUAAUGUUUUACAUUGUGAUAAGGACUAGGGCGGGGAUAAAGCAUAUAUCUUGGAGUCG